AUGAGUGACAAUUCUAUCAUAAUACCUGAGAUAAAUCAUCAGCAAACAGAUGAUGAUGAUAAUGAUAAUGAUGAAAAUAAUGACAAAAAAACAAUAAAACCAACUGAAAAUGGUCGUCAUUUGCUUAAUACGUCAUUAUCAAGAAAUACAAAAUUAUCUUCACGUUCUCCAUCACCAUCUCCUCGUCCAACAUCAUCAGGUCCACCUGAUCGUGCAUUAAAUCAAAAAUUUCAUGUAGCUGCUUUAACAGGAAAUUUAAAUGUUUUACAAGAACUUGUAACUAAAGCACGUAUACAAAUUGAUUGUCGUGAUAAAGAAAAUUCAACAGCAUUAUUAUUAUCAUGUGCACGUGGACAUUAUUCAUGUGCUGAUUAUCUUUUAAGUAAUGGUGCUGAUCCAAAUGCUCGACGUAUAACAGGUGCUUCUCCACUUUAUUUUGCUGCAUUAUAUCAUCAUACACGUAUUGUUGAACUUCUUUUAAAUAAAUAUAAAGCUAUUGUUGAUUUAGCAACAUUUGAUGGUUCAGCACCAUUACAUGUUGUAUGUGAACGUGGUUUUACUGAUAUUGUUCAAUUAUUAAUUAAUUCACAAGCAAAUAUAAAUGCAAAAAUGAAUGAUGGUACAACAUCUAUAAUGCUUGCAUGUCAAAAUGGACAUUUAUCUGUUGUACAAAUACUUAUAUCAACUGGUCAAUGUAAUUUAAAUAUACAACGUUUAGAUGGUAUUACACCAUUAUUUCUUGUUGUACAACAUGGACAUGAAACAAUAUUUGAUUAUAUUACUGAAAAUGUUGAUAAUAUAAAAGAAACAAUUGAUUUAGCACGUGAAGAUGGUGCAACACCAUUAUUUAAAGCAUGUCAAAAAGGAUAUGAAUCAUUAGUUCAAAAAUUGCUCAAAUAUAAACCAAAUCUUGAAUUACUUAAAAAUGGAGAAUCAUGUUUACAUGCUGCAACUAUGUUUAAUCAUGCACCAAUUGUUCGUUUUCUAAUUGAUAAUGGUGCAAAUCCAUUAUUAAAUAAUUGGGAAGGUAUGACAGCUGUUGAUUUAGCUAAAGAAGCUCAAAUAAAAGAUAUACUUGAUAUAUUAAUGAAAGCAUUAGCACCAAAAUUAAGUGAACAUGCUCGACAAUAUUUAUUACAUAAAAGUACAAGACGAAGUGAUGCUGAUUUUGAUUUAGAUUUAGUUGAACAUGAAGAACGUGAUGAAUGGAAAUUAUAUAAAAGUUUAAAAUCAGCUGCUGAACUUGAACGUUUAGAAGAAGAAAUUGAACAUAUACCAAUUCUUCCUGAUAUACCAACAACAAAAGGAAAACAAACUGGUGCUAAUCGACAAAAAUCAACUAGACCACAUCGAUAUUAUUCAACACCACAAAAAUGA